UGUUGUUAAAUUUCUUUCAAAACUGACAAUAUCACCUCAAACACAAAGAAAUGCUGGAAAACGAACAACACAGCAAUUUCCCCGGAUAGAACAUCAAAAUCGCGACUAGUCCCAGAUAGAGUAAAAAAUGGAGUCCCAAAGCAAAAGUGAAUCUUUGGACCAAAGUGCCAAAUCAACCGAAGAAACCGUAGCCAAAUGCUGCUUUGUGAUUACCGUGGGAAGUGACGGGCUAAUCGAAAUUAGUUCCCACAAUCCAGACUGCAAAGCACCUCAAGAUGGAAUAUGCAGUGGUGAUCCCACAUCGGCGAACAAGGUUACGGAUAUGGUGCCUAAGAAACAGCGCUUUAGCAUAGCCGUUCUUAAAGAGGACACCAAUGAUAUCGACGAAGGACCUGCUAAAAGUCCCGAGAAGAUCAACAGCAAUCUGCAAUCGCUUGAAGGAGAGAAGAAAACCGAAGUUGUGCCGCCUUUCGUGAAGAUCUGCAACAAGGACCUGGCGAACAGGCCUUCCUUCGUGGUUCUCGAAGAUGCUUCGGCUCGAAGUCGGAUUAAACAGGAUCUGGAGCAGCCGAGCUCGGAUCAAAGUCAACAGAGCUCCCAUGUUGAAUCUCAAACGGGUGAAACUUGCCCCAAGAAGAGUGUGACAUCCGCCAAUAAUAUCUGCCAAAAAGAUAAUGCCAUAAUAACUCCUCGGAAAUUAUCCAUGCAAACGGCAGCUCAGGUCCGUCAGAAACUGUCUACUCUGAAUAAUAAACAGCAGGAAUCGGUUUCAGAAUCAAUUAAAAGGGCUGGCAACAGUUUGAGUGGUCAGAAACAGCAGCCACAUCAGCCACUGCAGCAGCAGGCACAACAGCAACAUCAACAACUGCAACAGCAGCAACAUCAGGAACUGCAACAGCAAUUUGGCAACAACUCUCCAUAUGUGACCAUUAGUUUCUUACCUAUGACCCAGCCGGGAGCAGCUUCCGGCAGUCCUGUGAUGUAUCCUUGCCAGCAAUUCCUGAGUGCCUCACCGAGCAGCAUGUCCAGCUGCUCCUGCUGCAGCUGCAGCAAUUGCUGCCCGUCGAGGGCAACCCAAGUGUGCCAAAUGCCGAUGACCAAUGGUUGCUGUCAGAUACAAAAUCCAGUAUACGGCAGCAACUGCUGCAUGUUGAAGCCGGAGACCUUUCCUAGCAGCGGGUCCUGCUGUCCUAUAUCGAGUAUGGAAACGCAUCCUUCAAUGGGAUACAAUGGCCAAUUCAGUCAGCACAUGAUGCACCCCAUCCUGACAGCUUCGCCUUCAGCAAUGCAGCAGCAGCAAGGCAGCAUUCCGAUUGCCGGGGGGUGCUAUCCUGGCUGCUCCUGCCACUCUUUGUGUCCCUGCUACCAGUGCUCCCACCUCAGGAUGCCAGUCUAUCAUCAUCCUUGCUGCCAUUGCCCAGGGUUCUUUAACAACCAACAGAUGCAACAGCAACAGUUGCAGCAGCAGCAGCAAUCUCAUUGUGUCUGCUGUCCCAAUAAAGUGAACCAGCAACGACAAACACCAUCCAAAGGAGUAAGAGUACUGAAAGCUACUGGAAAACCCACUAACCCUGAUGGACUAAAGCACAUAUUCAGCAAGAAGCCUGCUGAGAACCCGAAACCGCCAGCCCAAGAGCAAUCGAAGGACCAAGAAGAUCACCAAAGCCACAUGAAGACGAGCAGGGAAGCUCCUCGAUCGGUGGGAGGUGUUUCAUCCUUUAAAAGCAGUUCCAACACAACCCCCUUGUACCUAGCUCGCUGCGGGAAGACUUGCCUGAUCCUGAGACCCAUCAGCACCGCCAUAAUGCCCCGUCUCCUGACCAAGCGAAUCAGUCGCUACACCUCGGUGAUAGCCUGGCCCACAAAUAAUGUCAAAUCAAAUGUAGACACAACCUAGACUACGUAUCUAUCUGGGAUCAGAUCAACAAAUAAAAAACACCAUCCAGGGGA